CGACUUUUCUGCGACUCUGUCCACUGCGCAAGAUUCUCGAGUGCUGUGCUGAUUGAACAAGAUGCUGCGCGCUUCUGCUGUUUUGCUGGUCUUGGCGGCUGUGUUGGCUGUCGCCGCAAGCACGGCCAACGCGGUUGUCGAGCCGCCCAUCUGGCAACCCGCUGCCGUAUACCUGACCAUCUACGACAACGACAAGUGCGACUCGUCCAAAAUCCUGGUUCAGCGCAACGUCACCACCUUCGGCUCGUGCAUCCGGGUUGGCACGUACAACAGCAUUCGCGUGGACCGCGACCUGCUUCAGCCCUCGUCCACGCUGUCCACGGGCUACUACAGCUCAACUUACUGCUCUUCCACUUCCUCCUCCGGUGAUGUCGCCCUUAACGGCACCUGCACCAAGCUCAGCAACGGCCGCUCUGCCCAGUUUGAGACGACCUUCAUGAUUGCACCCGUGACCACGUACUCCAACUGCGACUACGAUGGCAUCUGGCUGCAGCCAGGGUCAUAUUCGGAUCUGAGCGUGCGGGCGCAAUGACGGUGGGAGAAAAAUCACCAUCGACAACGACGCGUCUGGCGCCACAAUGCUUGCAAGCACUGUGUACUGGAGCACGCUGCACAAUGGCGUCUGCGCGUUUGCGCCCCACGACACCAACGUGUUUAUGACGGUGGACUUUGAGGCUGA